GCUAUAAAUAGCGGGCGGCCGCUUGGUCGGUCCUCGGUGGACGCGCAACGAUGGCAGCUCCCAAGAAAGUUUGCGUGGUGGGCUCCGGAAACUGGGGCUCGGCCAUCGCCAAGAUCGUGGGCGCCAACGCGGCCGCCAACGCCCAGUUUGACAGCGUGGUCAACAUGUGGGUGUUCGAGGAAAUGGUGGACGGACGCAAGCUCACCGAAAUCAUCAACACGGACCACGAGAAUGUCAAGUACCUGCGAGGGCACAAGCUGCCCCCCAAUGUGGUGGCCGUUCCGGACCUGGUGGAGUCGGUUAAGGGAGCCGACAUCCUGAUGUUUGUGGUCCCGCACCAGUUCAUCGUCCGCGUGUGCGACACCAUCAAAGGCCACGUCAAGCAGGGCGCUCACGGCGUGUCGCUCAUUAAGGGGGUGGACGCCGGCCCGGAGGGUCUGAAACUGAUUUCCGAGGUCAUCCGAGGGAAGCUGGGCAUCGGGGUCUCGGUCCUGAUGGGGGCGAACAUCGCCAGCGAGGUGGCGGAGGACAAGUUCUGCGAGACAACCAUAGGGUGCAAGGACAUAGCGCACGGGCCCAUCCUGAAGGAGCUGAUGCAGACCCCCAACUUCCGCGUUGCCGUUGUCCAGGAGUCCGACGUGGUGGAGAUCUGCGGGGCGCUCAAGAAUAUCGUGGCAGUAGGCGCGGGCUUCUGUGACGGCUUGGGCUUCGGCGACAACACCAAGGCGGCGGUGAUCCGUCUGGGACUGAUGGAGAUGAUCGCCUUCGCCAAGGUCUUCUGCUCCGACGGGCCCGUCUCCGCCAGCACCUUCUUGGAGAGCUGCGGGGUGGCCGACCUCAUCACCACAUGCUACGGCGGCCGCAACCGAAAAAUCGGAGAGGAGUUUGCCAAAACCGGAAAAACCAUCGAGCAGUUGGAGAAGGAGCUGCUGAACGGUCAGAAGCUUCAAGGUCCGGCAACUGCGACCGAAGUCCACCAAAUCUUAAAGCAGAAAAACAUGCUGGAGAAGUUCCCCCUUUUCACCGCCGUCCACCAGAUCUGCUUCGACGGCCACCCGGUGACGGAGUUCAUCAGCUGCCUGCAGAAGCACCCCGAGCACAUGUGACCGGCCAGCCGUCCAUUUAAGACUCUGAUUUGCGAGAUGCGGCCGCGCCGGUUUGGAAGUCUCCGGUCGGCUCGCCUCCUCCUCCUCCUAUCGCGGCGUCUGUGUUAAAAGUGCACCUUAUCGCGUUUACGUAACGCCGCGGCCUUUCACUGAGCACACGCCGUUGCGUAAAUCGUCCAAAGAACGAUCGCCAAGCGCACAAAAGCGACGCACACUUGCACAAAACAAAGUUAAUCCCGAGCACGUCGGUGCUUUUCUGUGCUCAAAAAAACAAAAACAAAACGUGCCUCCGUCUGUUUUCUGUCCUCGAUUUUGUUAUUUAUUUGGAAAUAAAUCCCCUCAACUCCGGAGUCCCUUUCCAUUCUGUGCCUCGGAUCAGUCGCGGCUUCGGGUUACCGCUCUAUAAACGGGUCACCUUUACCAUUUGAUCGAGGGGUCUUCUCCCCCAGGGGGCGCUCGUGGUGAGCAGGUCUGAAUCGCAGCUCCGAAGUUUAGGAUUUGAACCAAGACGUUCAUAGCUGGCCUUCACUCAUUUGCCCUCGACAGAAUCCGGUGGCCUGAUCAUCCCGAAUGUCUUACGUAACCUUGCGCUUUCGACAAGAACUGGAUUCUCUCCUUUAGAAUCCUUUGCAUAGUUUUUGAGUCAACAGGCCAGCAAGAUUUCUAAUAAUAACUCACGCUUGCAAAAGAGCUAAAUAGCCAUCUAUAAUUAGCUCGAGCUGCAGCUGCAUCAUCUCCUUAAAAGAUUGGAUCGAAAUAUUGCACAGUCAUGAGGUUCUCGGGGGCCUCGU